UUGGUAGGUAUUGUGUACCAUCUCAAUCCGCUGGCGCAACAUAAACCUAUAUGUUUUCGGAUAACUCUCCGUCAGGCAAGGACUACCUCACCUUGAUCCAACAGGCACUCUGUGGCGAGUCACGGAUCAAGACAUACCAAGGUACCAGACAUCAUUAGACGCAUGCAUACAGUAUUCGGUGUUACCACACAAGAUGCCACACCAGAACGACAACCCCUCUCCUUUCUUGUCCAACCUCGAUCUUUACAAUCGAGCGGGGUUCAUAAAGUAGAGUACUAAUACCAUGCCCUAAGCAUCGAUGGUGCUCUCGGAGUCAUCAUCAUACCACAAUCCAUACCAGCAAAACCACUUUCCAAAAAAAGCCAAUUACACUACACCAUCACCGGCAAGGGAGAUAGUACAAGUAGUACCACCACCAAGAUGGCCACCGUCCCGAAAACACAAUACAACACCUUCGCGCCGAAGUAUGCCUCGCUCGAAGGAGAAGUCCCCUUCUCCAAGCUAGAGGCCCAACUGGUCGACCUAGCUCUGGGAGACUGCAGCGGCCUCACCAUUCUCGACCUGGGCGGCGGCAACGGCGGCCCCGCGCGGCGCGCCGUGGAGGCCGGCGCCGCGGUCGUCGACGUUGUCGACAUCUCUGCCGAGAUGCUGCGCGUGGGCCGAGAGACCGAGGCACGGCUUGGCCGGCAGGGCCGCAUCCGGUGGUUCGAGGCCGACGUGACGCGCCCACUGGCCACCCAGCAGGUUACGGCCGCCGAUGGUGGCGACGGUCUCCGGGCGGACGGGUACGACAUUGUCAUGGCCAACUGGCUGUUUGACCACGCCACGAGCCUGGCCGAUCUCGAGGGCAUGUGGGCCAACAUUGUUUCCUAUUUGAGACCCGGGGGCAGGUUCCUCGGAAUCCGGUCGCUGAAUGUGUAUGCUGAGCACAUGAGCGCGAGUUCGGCCAAGUAUGGCCUCUGCCUUACGCACAUCGAGAAGAUCCCCGGCGGAGUCAAGUACAUGGUCGACUGCCGUGUCCAACCGCCUUUUUCCUUUGAGGCCACUUCGAUGGAAUCGACCUAUUUGCGUAUCGACGAUAUUCCUCGUCGCCUUGGACUUGUCGAUUUCGCGGUCAUUGACCCCAAGGACACAGAGGCGGUGAAGGAAGAUCCAGAAUUCUGGGAUGACUUCGUCAAGGACCCAAGCUGCGGCGUGGUGGUAGCGCGGAAGCCAUAGGGUAGGACUGCGAUGCGGUCGUUACAUCUCUGCUUCUAACCGCGAUGUUGUUGUAAUGUAAUCUAUCAACGAAACGAAGAAUGGCACAGCUUCAUCAUUGAAUCCUGCAACCCCUGACAAGCUCGGCGGUCUCUGAGUGAGUCUCAUCUAUCACAACCGGAAAGUGUCUCCAUACUAGGCCUGGACUAUGCUGGGGCUAUCCGGAAACGGACAUUUCAGAAGGAUGAUCUGGCCUGCAUCUCCAACCCUCAAGCGGGACUGCACAUAGCAAUUACCUCAUCUUGGCCUUUAGCUCCUCCAUAAAUCGGCGCUGAUGCGCUAUAGAAAGAGCUGCCUGCCCGGUCGCUCCUUGGAAGGACGCUUGGGCUGAGUGCAGGACUUUCCAAGAGAU